CACAGGCGGUCACCGUCUCCCGAAUACUAGGCAUUUCUUGAUCCUUUGACCUCUUUAGUUGGCCAUCUUGUGUAUAUAUACCCUGUGUUUGCAGGAAUUAAACUUGCACUUGAAUCCUGCCCCUCGUGCGAAGCAGUUUGUGACAACAGUUGUUAGCUUUUUAUAUCUGAUUAACAGUGGUGUCUUUGUCCAAUCAAAAAUUAUGUUACUUCUCCUGUUCUCAAGUCUUUUCACCAUCUCCUCCUGCCUUUCUCGACAAUAUUACUUUGUGAAUAACAGGACAACCUGGACUGAAGCACAGGCAUACUGCAGACAGUACUAUACUGACCUGGCCACUCUUGAGAACGCAAAUGACACAAGCAGUUUGACUGCUGCUGUAAACAGCAGUUAUAACAACCUGGCUUGGAUUGGACUGUAUGAUGAUGUGGAGAAUAGCUGGAGAUGGUUUUAUGAUAAUGAGUCCUUCUAUGGGCCAGGAGAACGAGAUUACAGGAACUUUAGGAAAGCUCCAGGUAAUCUUUUGCUUAAUGAGCCAAAUAAUUAUGGUGGAAAUGAGAUGUGCACACAGAUGAUCACAUAUGGAGAGUGGAAUGAUAUUCCAUGCCUUGGCUUAUCCAGCUUCAUUUGCUAUAACAAGACCAACGUAAACAGUUAUGUUAAGAUUGAUAGACUUUUGAACGCCUCUGAUGCUCGUCAGUACUGCAGACGGAAUCAUACAGACCUGGCCAGCAUCAGGAACGCAACAGAGAAUCAACAAAUUCUUACCUUAACAGCAGGACAAGUAGUUUGGAUUGGCCUUUACAGAACUAGACUAUGGUCAGACCAGAGCAACUCCACUUAUGAGAACUGGCUAACUGGACAACCAGAUAACCUGAACUAUGUUGAACACUGUACUGCUGCAUCUCUGGGUAAUUCUGGACAGUGGACUGAUGAGAACUGCAAUCAGACCCUUCCUUUCUUCUGUUAUAGGGAUUCAUCCAGAUUGCCCACCCAAGAAAAUGUGAUUGGAUUACGGGUUAGAUUCACCUCUGUGAGAAACCUGACAGAUUCUGAGAUUGAAAAUGUGGUGCUACAGCAACUCCAGAUGCAACUGAUCAACAAAGGACUUCCAAGCAACAUGAAGAUGAAACUGAAAAAUGUUCGCAAGAAAAAUCUCUAAGCAAAGUAUCACAUGUAGAGUACAACAUUUAAGAAAGAGAUUAUUUAAAAGAUUUUUAGUAAAGUAUGCAGUACUGCUGUUGUCAUUAUACAUUUAUUGCUCUUUUUAAGUGAGUAGUGCUCAUUUUUGUGGGUUUUUUUUUGUGUAACUUCCCUGUCUUCCACAUUAUAUGAUUUAUGUGAGGCGUAAUUUGAGAAACAGGUCAAUGUUUAUUCUGAACUUACAACUGUAUUUCUUUAAGUGCAAAGUUUUGGAUAAAACCUCACAAGAUGUC